AUGGAGGAGGGACAGGGAUCCGGAAUCAAGCCUGGCGAAGAGGAAGGCUAUCAGCGCGAGAUGGAUGACGGGGCCUAUUCGGAGAGGCGGAACGCGGACCACGAGUACCGGCACUAUGGGACAGGACGCCCAAUGCAACCGUCAGAUGGCAACAGGUAUGGAUACAACAACCCACUAUAUGAUUAUGAUGAUGAGCUGGUGAUCAGAGCUAAACCCUGGUGA